UAAUGGAAACAAUUGGUAAAUUUGUAAUCGCCAUUGUUGUAGCUGUGAUGGUGAGUUGGGGAUGGAAAUUACUGAACUGGGUAUGGUUGAAGCCAAAGAAACUAGAGAAGUGGCUGAGAGGUGAAGGGUAUAAAGGUAAUCCAUAUAAGCUUCUAAUGGGUGACAUGAUAGAGCUUGCAACAAUGGUGAAAGAAGGUAAAUCAAAGCCAAUUCCAAUCACACAUGAUAUCACUUCAUAUACUCUCCCCUUUGAUCAUCAUAUCAUCUCCAAAUAUGGUGAAAAAUCGUUCAUAUGGAUGGGGCCAAAACCAACGAUGUAUAUCAGGGAUCCAGAGUUGAUAAAGGAGAUAUUAUCAAGACCAGAUGAGUUUCAGAAGACACAUCCUGAGCCGUUUCGAGAUAGCAUCAUCCGUGGACUUCUUGUCGCGGAAGGUGACAAAUGGACCAAACAUCGUAAAAUCAUCAAUCCAGCUUUUAGUCUUCAAAGUCUCAAGAUCAUGUUCUCGGCUGUCAUCUCAAGUUGUAGUGAUAUGAUUCACAAAUGGGAGCUCCUAACUGCAGGAUCCAGUUCCACAGAAAUCGACGUAUGGCCAUAUAUUGAUAGUUUGGGCGGAGAUAUGAUUUCACGAACAGCUUUCGGUAGCUCUUACAAAGAAGGGUGGAAGAUAUUUCGAAUCCAAAAGGAACAAAUCGAUCUUUUAUUUCAAAUGCUUUAUAUAUUGUUUAUUCCUGGAAGCAGGUUUAUACCAACCCGAGCGAACAAGAAGUUCAAAGAAAAUGAUAAAGAGCUUCGAUUAGUACUGAUGGGUAUAAUCAACAAGAGGAAGAAAGCAAUCGAGACGGGAGAAGGUAACUAUGAUGACUUACUUGGACUUUUGCUAGAAUCAAACAAGAAAGAGAUUGAAGAGCAUGGAGUGGGAUUGAGUAUGGAAGACGUGAUUGAAGAAUGUAAAUUAUUCUACAUUGGAGGAUCUGAAACAACCUCGAAUUUGAUAGUUUGGACGAUGGUUUGUUUAAGUUUGCAUCAAGAAUGGCAAAUCCGUGCACGAGAAGAGAUUAUUCAGGUUUUCGGUGGCACGAAACUUGAAUUUGACGGUCUAAAAAACCUCAAAAUAUUAACGAUGAUACUAAACGAGGUUCUUAGGUUAUACCCACCGGUGGUCAUGAUAACACGGGCCACUCACAAGACCACAAAGCUAGGAAACAUGGUGAUACCAUCAGGGGUAGAAUUAUCAUUAGCCAUGAUGUAUGUUCAUCAUGACUGUGAAAUAUGGGGUGACGAUGUAAACGAGUUUAAACCUGAAAGAUUUGCACAAGGAAUCGGGAAUGCAACGAAGGGAAAAGGGUCGAGUCCGUUCUUCCCGUUUUCUAACGGUCCUCGUGUUUGCAUUGGGCAAAAUCUUGCGAUGACAGAAGCAAAAACAACCAUGGCGAUGAUUCUACAACGCUUCUCCUUUGACCUUUCUCCAUCGUACCAACACUCCCCGUUCAGGGUGUUCACUCUUCCACCUCAGUUUGGUGCUCACUUGAUUCUACAAAAGAUUUCAUAAUCUUUAUGUAUAAGUAAAAAUUCUACGUAAUUGUCUCGUGAUUUUGAUUACUUAAAUUGUAUCUUAUUCUACAAAA